UUACAAGUGCAUCGGUGGCCUUUGUCGAAUAAAAACGAACGUCCCCCGAACAACGAGUUUGAAGCAAACAUGCGCAACAGGCCAGCUUCAUCAACACGAUGGCAACUGUCCAGGAGACCGGUAUCAAAUCCAUUGUGACGCCGGUAGAAAUAAGGUAUCGUCGCGGCCCAACACCGCCGCCUCAGGACAAGCCGGAGAAUCCAAGCAUCUCAAUCCUCCAGUACGACCCCGCCCUCGAGUCCGUCAUCGGCCCAAGCCCGACGCACGCCCUCGUCCUCUCCUCCGUCGGAACUUCCGCCAAACCCUUCUUCCACCGCGGAUGCAUCUACGUCGCCUCCCGCAACGAGCUAUGGACCACCUCCGCGCCCCUCGCGGCGACUGACCCCUCGCGCCCGCCCACGAUCCUCAUGUCAAAGGUGACCGUCACUCGCAACCCCGCCGACGACACCCUCACCGCCGAAUGGGCUAAACUGCGCCCGCCGCCGACCAUGCCGAUGCCCGCGAGCGGGUGCGCCGUCGGCGACGACAGGAUGGUCUGGUGCUCCCAGGGAACCACCGCGCCCGGGAACGGAGGCGUCUUCUUUCUGCCUGCAGGCAGGCCGCCGCAGGCCGUGGCCUCGACGUACCACGGCCGGGACUUCAACUCGCCGCACAGUGCGGCGGUGUCGUCCCGCGAUGGCGGCAUCUGGUUCACGGACCCGUGUUGCGGUCAUGAGCAGGACUUCCGGGGUCCGCCGCAGCUGCCGCCGCAGAUCUAUCGAUGCGACGCGAAGACCGGGGAGGUGAGGGCCAUGGCGGACGGGUUCGUCCGCCCGACCGGGAUUGCAGUUGACGAAGACUGUUCGACGAUUUACAUCGCGGAUGCUGGGGGAGUCCGCGUGGACGGCAGUCUGGACUUGAUUCAACCACGGAGCAUCUACGCCUUUGACAUCGUGAUGCGUAACGGCGCCGUCUUUCUGGCCAACAGACGGAUGUUCGCCCUGGUGAGGAGAGGUGCUCCCAUGCACCUCAUGUGUGAGGAUGGCAAUGUGUGGGCCGCUUGCGGCGACGGGGUUGAGAUUUGGAAUAGCGGUGGCUCAUUGCUGGGUGUGAUCCAAGUGCCAGGCGGUGUUAUAAGCUUCUGCCGCGGGCCAGAGAACAUCCUCUACCUAUGCGCCGGACAGAGCUUAUGGGUACUCUAUCUGUCGGGAGGUCGGGGAGACUAUUCGGCUCCCAGCCCGGAAAUGUUUUAGAUGGCGACGGGAACAAGUCGCGAACAACUUUAAUACAGAUGGCUCAGAGCGCAUUGGCUAGGCGCCGCAUGGCUACGUUGGCAGCUUCAACAUCAGCUGGGUGACAGGUCUUACAUCGUGCGGUUCCAUCUGCGAGAAAGUUUGUCGCGGAAUCAGUUCUACAUAGAACCUCGACAUUAAUAGUAAAUGGUACAAAGUUGCUUU